CAGCAGCAGCAGCAGCAGCAGCAGUAGCAGCAGCUAAAAACGGCAGCAUUCCUCUGACGGUGGAUGCAUUGUCAGCUCAGAAUGCAUUCUUUGAAAAGAUGACCCAGAACGCUACUGUUGCUUCGCCUGCUAUGUCCAAUGUAAGUGGCACCACGGAAUCGCUUGACUUUGCAGAUUGCUUCUCGCUGGCCGACGAAGAUAGUAUGAAUGCUUUUGAUGCUUCGUUAUUUUGUGGUAUUCUUUUGCAAGACGCGACGACCGCGCAUCUCUUUGACAGUCCUACCGUUCCUGUAGCUACUACCACAGCAACAACAACAACAACAACAACAAUAACAGCAACACACAAUGAAAAUAGCCUGGAUGAAAGCCAUCGAAAUUCAACCAGUUCUUAUUCGUCUAAUAGCAGUAGUACUGCAUGCACUCCUAGUCCUAGCCUACCUGCAAAUGCAUUCACCAACGAAUUCUUUGACCAAUACAUCAUGCCUGUCGACGAUCCGAUCUUCACUCUCGGCGCAGGUCAUGAUGACACCGCCACAUCGACUACGACCACGACGACUGCUGUUACUGCCGCAGAUCUCUCUAAACUGAUGUACAAUACUGUAUUAUCCAUGAAUAGCAAUCCUACCACUACUACUUCUGUCAUCACCACUCCCACUACAGCCACCUUGGAAGACAACUUUAUUACUUCUGCUAGUUUAUUAGACCCUCUUUUCUAAUGUGUCCUAUUUAUUUAUUCUGUUCACUUUCUCACUUACUCUUCAUGCAAAAAAAAACGUCUGUAUAUAUUUUAACUUUUUUUUUCUUUUUCAUAGAUUCACAAAAAAAAAA